UUGUCGUCCAGGCAGUAUACUGAUCGAGAAACACAGCGGAGGUUGGGUGGAAUUUCUCCGAGAGAAGUUGCUCUACAGCACAAGGAACACCUCCCUCGUCUCUUGAACGAAUGCAUGGACGAAGCUGGCAUGAGUGUUUCGGAUGUGGAUGCAAUCGCUGUAACGACCAGGCCAGGACUGGUCAUUGCUCUAAAGGAGGGUAUUCGGCUGGGAUUAACCCUGUCAAGGCAAUAUCGAAAGGACUUCAUAUCCAUACACCACAUGCGUGCUCAUGCUUUAUCUGGUUUACUCGUCUCGGAGAGCUUGAGAUUUCCCUUUUUGUCUAUGUUGAUGUCUGGUGGGCACGCUUUGAUAGUGCUGUCGCGUUCUGCUGACGACUUUGUUUUAUACGGACAAAGUAUUACUGGGAGCCCUGGCGAGUGCUUGGAUAAAAUAGCGAGGGAGUUAGAAAUAAACCAAAUGGAAGAAUUCCGCAAACUUCAUGCAGGUGCAGCUGUGGAGCAAUUGGCGAGUCGGUGUUCUGAUGAUGGUCACUUACGAUAUAGCACUGCUGGCCCAUGCACUUCUGGGGCAGACAUGAAUUUCUCGCAGUUGAAAUCCGCCUAUUUGAACCUGGCCAGAAAGCAUAGAAAUGAUGCAGACUUCAGUGUGGAAGAUUUUUGUGCAAGUAUCCAAGUAAGCAAAGUGAUUAAUGUCUUUUGUUGGUUCCAGAGCUAUCAUUAG